AUGAAGACGAAGUGUAUGAGCAGCUAUGAUUGUGGAUGUGUUGUCAGAUCAGACGGCAAAGCCAACCCACCUGUGAUUUACAGAGGUAAGAAUGCGUCUAAUGAGUUCCUAGUAGCACUGCGAGAAGAAGAGGAAAAGAUAAGAAAGGAAUUAAGGCGUCCUAAUAGUAAGGAGUUUACCAGCGAGAAUCAGAAUGCAUUUAAAAAGGCGAAGAGUUGUUACAUCUGCCAACAUACACUUCUUCAGUUUGGAAGACAAGCGAAGAAAGCAUGGGAUGAAGAAGGGAAGUAUUUAGGUGAAGCUCACUACAAAUGUGGGAGGUAUGCUAAGAAAGGUGAGAAACCUGGAAAGCCCUCCACGCACUGCAUCCACUGUCAUAAAGAAUUCGUUGAGGAUUUCUAUGUGGAUAAGGUUAAAGACCACUGUUACAUUACCGGUAAGUACAGAGGUGCCACCCACUGGAAAUGCAGUAUGAACUUUAAAGUAGACCCGGAAAUGGAAAUACCAGUGUUCUUUCACAACCUUCGAGGUUACGAUUCCCAUUUGCUGCUGCAAGGAACAGACGGAUCUGACGUUAAAUGCAUACCCAACAACAAAGAGCGAUACAUGUCUGUGACUGUAGGUAAACUUAAGUUUCUGGAUUCGCAGCAAUUUAUGGCAGAUUCCUUAGCGAACCUCGUAAGGUACAACGCCGACUUCCCAAUAUCGAGUCAAUACGGUGCAGAAAGGAAAGGAGUCUACCCAUAUGAAUACAUGGACUCCUGGGAGAGAUUCGAGGAGCCUUUACCACCAAAAGACCGCUUCUACAGCACCCUAAAUGAGUCUGGUAUAAAAGACGAAGAAUACCAGCAUGCCUUAAACGUAUGGAAGAAGUACUCCUGUAGUAACAUGGGGGACUACCACGACAUCUACCUACGUUCAGACGUGGUACUGCUAGCUGAUGUAUUCCAAAGCUUCAGGAAAAUGUCGAUGGAAUAUUAUGGGUUGGAUCCCGCUAACUUCUACACUGCUCCUGGUCUUAGCUGGAGUGCACUUCUGAAGAAGACGAACGCGCAGUUAGAUCUCCUGACGGAGUACGACAUGUAUCGGUUUAUGGAAGAUGGUAUCCGCGGUGGUGUAUGCGGACCCAGCCGACGUUACGCCCGCGCAAACAACCCCCUAGUAGAACACGACCCAGAGAAACCAACCACAUACAUCUAUUACCUGGACGCGAAUAACCUUUAUGGCUGGGCAAUGUCGCAAUACCUACCCGUGAGAGACUUCGAAUGGGAUCCAGUGAAGCCGAUAGACUUCUACAUGCAGGUUGGAAAGGAUGAGGAGAAAGGUUACGUGUUAGAAGUGGAUCUGGAAUACCCAGAGGACUUACACGACGCACACAAUGAAUUUCCACUAGCUCCAGAAGCGAUAGAAAUUCCAUUCGAGCAACUAAGUCCACUGCAAAAGCAAAUGUGUCCUGGAUACAAGCCAUACAGGAAGCUAACGAUGAACCUGAUGGAUAAGGAAAAAUACGUGGUACACUACCGCAACCUACAGUUUUACGUGUGCCAAGGUUUACGAGUGAAAAAGAUCCACCGCGUAUUGAAGUUCACGCAAGAGCCAUGGAUGCAACCAUACAUAGACUUUAAUACGCAAAAACGUACCGCAGCUAAGAAUGACUUCGAAAAGAACUUAUUCAAGCUGAUGAAUAACAGCGUCUUUGGUAAGACCAUGGAAAACAUCCGUAAACGCGUAAGCAUAAAAAUAGCUAGCACCAGAGAGGAAGCAGAAGCAUACGUAUCGCAACCUGGAUUCGUCAGAUACGUGGAGAUGCUGAACUUCUACGUGAUCCACAUGAAAAAAGCAAACCUAUUCUUGAAUAAACCUGUAUACACGGGGUUUGCGGUGUUAGAUCUCUCGAAGCUUCUCAUGUAUGAGUUCUAUUACGACAAGUUAAAACCUAAAUAUGGUGAUAAUUGCCACCUUUUGUAUACAGACACCGAUUCCUUAAUUCUCGAAGUACAGACGGAAGACGUAUAUAAAGACUGCCUCCCCGACAUAGACGAGUACGACACCAGCGGUUACCCGAAGGAGCACUUCCUUUACUCUGCGAAGAAUAAGAAG